GGGGCAGUGUUGCUGCCUCUACACUGUCACAAAAGAGAAGAAGAAAACAGUGAGGCGUCGUCAUUGCAGUCGAAGAAGAAGUAAAUCUUUGGAGGAAACAUGGCUUCCCCUGCUGGUUGUGAGCAUUAUAUGCGCAGCUGCUUAUUGAAAGCACCUUGCUGUGGUAAACUGUAUGUGUGUAGACUGUGCCAUGAUGCAGAGGAGAACCACCAGAUGGAUCGAUUUAAAGUCAGAGAGGUGCAGUGCUCUGAGUGUCAGACAGUGCAGCAGGCACAGCAGACUUGCCAGCAGUGUGAUGUGCAGUUCGGGGAGUAUUACUGUGACAUUUGCCACUUGUUUGACAAGGAUAAGAAGCAGUACCACUGUCAGCCCUGUGGAAUAUGCAGAAUUGGGCCCAGGGAGAAGUAUUUCCAUUGUGAGAAGUGCAAUCUGUGUUUAGCCCUGGAUCUGCAGGGAAACCACAAGUGUGUUGAAAAUGUUUCAAGGCAGAACUGUCCAGUGUGUAUGGAGGAUAUUCACACGUCCAGAAUUGGAGCUCAUGUUCUUCCAUGCGGCCAUCUUUUACACAAGACCUGCUUUGAUGACAUGGUCAGAACAGGAGCAUAUCGCUGCCCCCUGUGUAUGCAUUCUGCCUGGAACAUGGAGGACCACUGGGAUCAGAUAGACAAAGAGAUUGCCCAGUCACCGAUGCCCACUGAAUACCAGGGUGCCACUGUCAAAAUUAUAUGUAACGACUGCCAAGCUCACUGCACGGUGCCUUUCCACGUGCUGGGGAUGAAGUGCAGCAGCUGUGGCUCCUACAACACAGCGCAGGACGGAGGACUCAUCCAGCAGCCUCCACAACAGCAGCCCGAGCAGGACACUGAGAAUGAGGCAGAGCCAGAGCAGCAAGAUCAACCUCAGUCACCCACGCCACAUUAAAUUUACAGCCAACCACAAUGGUUGACAUUUAUACUUAGACAUUUGGCUGGUGCACUUACUUGUAGUAAUUUACAUUGAGUGUAACAGCACACUGAACCUAUAUUCAUUUAUUGUACAGAUUACAAAAAAAAUCCAUCUAUUUUCUGUAUCUGCUUAUCCUCUUCAUGGCUGGAACCUAUCCCAGCAUGCACUGGGUGAGAUGAAGGGUCAAAUCUGGACAGGUUGCCAGUCUAUCACAGGACUAACACAUAUCCACUCACAGUACUGUAAAUAGUAUCUGCCCGGGUGACUUUUCUUAAAACUCCACCUGUUUUAAAAAUGUGUCUGAUGCGAAUAAAAAUUAAAGUGAGCCUCAGGAAGAAGUCACAAAGUAACAAAGUCUGCAGUUAACUGUCGUGCUGGCAGCAUGGCACAAGGCAAUGUGCAAAGCAGGCCAUUGGUUUGUAGAAAAGUGGAACUCAUACACAAGGAAUAAAAAAUGGAUUGAGGAGUCAUACAAAUAUUUAGAAAGAUUCACAGGGCAUUUGUGCAGAAGAAAAUUCCUUAAGGUCCAAGGGGUGCAGAUGUUUGUGUCCAUGUGUGGACCAUCACCUUGCAAGUUUGCUGUUUUUUUUUUUUUUGCAUAGAUGCCCUGUGAGUCAAAGAUUAAAAACAGCAUUUUUUCUAAAUUUGACUUCUUAGUCCAUAUUUUAAUUACUGAGCUUGGGGCCUGCUGUCACUCUCAAAAUGAUUGACAGGUCUUUUAUUUAGUGUAAGUUUUUAAACGUGUCAUGUUAUCUAAUUGUUUGCAUCAGUUAUGUUUGCAAAACCCUAAGUAUAACAGGCCAGUACUCUGAGUUAUGAUAAGCUGAUAAAUAUUAAAAAUAAUUAUUUUUCAUUGACAAGUCAAACAAUUCAGCUAUGUAUAUAAAUGUACCUGUAAUUAGAUGGUUCAAAAAAUUACUGGUUGGGACAUUUAACCUGCUCAUUUUCUAAAGCCAACCAAGAAGAUGACAGUAUGGUCUGAAAUGUGGCAUUAGAAAAAUGCCUAUUAGUUAUGAUAAACUAAUGUGACAUAAUUACAACUGCAGCACAUGCACCUAUUGAGUAUUUCCUUCUCUUAAUAUACAUGUAGUACAGUAAUUUCUGGUAUGGCUGCUGUGACAAAAGGUCCUUAUUUCUGGUACCAUUUGCUUUUUGUGUCUUUGUUACUUGCAGGUGUAAAGUUUGGUUACCUUUACAUUGACAGUAAUACAAACUCCCAACAAACAUAAUUUUACUAAACAUUAUUGUGUUAUCUUCUGAACCAGUCAUUGAAUUCGAGAUAAGAACAUUUAAUCACAUCACAUUUUCAGCUGCUCAUAUGAAUACAUUUGAGGUGUCAGCUAAGGUGUCGAUUCCACAAAUCAACGGCGCUUCAGUUUUACAGCUUGCAUGAGUUCAAAUAUUUCCAUUGUAUUUAUAUAGAAAUCAUGUACAUCAGCACCAUUAUAACAAAAUUACCACUGAUGAAGGAAAUGUGAAAUCAAAGUGAAAGCCAAACUACAUAUACUGUAUGUACAACAAUAACAUGGACCAAACCUAACCUGAAAUGGAUAACUGUUUCUGUUAGGCUCAAAUGCUAUCUCCUCUAGGUGCAUCCGGCUCAGGAGUCGCCAACUGGAAAGUGAAACAAACAGGAACACCAGUCAGGGCAGUUUCGAUGGCAAUUGGCAGGGGUGGGGCUGUAGAGAACGGUGGAGGUGUUGUCUUGGUGAUGGGUGGAGUGGAAUCUUGGGGGAAUCCUUGGUAUGUGGUGGUGACUUUUGGUUGGUUUGUGCCAUCAAUACCUAUGAUUAUAUCAGUUUCUGUAAGCCCUGGGUGUAGUGAAGACUCUGUAUCUGGAAUGUGCACAGUGUCAGCGUUAAUUGAGUCCUGUGCAGGAUCAGAAUCAGGCAUAUCCUGAGAAAUGUCUAUGCCCAGAGCAGUUUGUGAAGGAUCAUCUGGCAUGAGUUGUAAAGUGUUCGCAUCAGUGGCGCUUUGUGGGUCCUCAGGGUCUGGCAGGGCUGAAGUAUCGAGCGUGGCUGUAGAAGGCCCUGCGUCUGCAGAGGGAAGUAGGGCUGCAGUGUCCAGGGGGUCAGUCUCCUCCAUAGCAUUAGGCAUGUCUGUCUCUGUAAACACUGGCUGCAGGGGUUCCUGUGAAGGCCCAACAUGAGUGGUAGUCUCCUCUGAUGAAUUUGACUCGCUGGACUCUGAUGACUUGGAUAAAUCGUCACCUUCACCUAGACAGACCUGUUUUUAUAAUGAGGAAUGUUCUUAACAUUUGUCACAAGUCCUCUUAGAUUAUAGUGGUAAUAGAAGAAUAGUCGAGCUACUCACUGGUUUAGACAACGCUACAGUCACCAUGAAGACAGCACAAAGUGUAGUCCUCAGAACUGCCAUUGCUGUCUUUCCUGUAUUUGCUGAAACAAAUAAACCAUAAGCACUAUAUUGGUAAA